UAAAUAAGUUUCAUAAGUUCUUGCAACAAUUUAACAUAUUCUUAUUAUCUCCCCUUCCUCAUCCAAUGUACCAUCUACAUAAAUCUUAGCUAUCCAAGAGUUUUUGAGACUCUUGACAACCCAAACACCAAUAAAAAUGUCAUGAAAAAUAUUUAUCCAAUUCCUCUAUAAUAGAAAUGGAAUUUUCAUCCUCUAAAAUUCAAUAUCCAAAUUUCAAUUCCUUCCAAGAACAAUCACCAUUAUUACCAUGGAAUGAACUUUUCUUAGAUGAACAUUUGACUAAAUAUCCAUGGGAAUUUGACUCCAUUGACCAUAACGCCGAUCAUUAUCUACCAAGAAGUUCUUCGUUCUUAGAAACUAAUUCCUCGAAAGAAUGUUAUCCAUGGAAAGUUGACUCUGUUGAGCAGAACAACGAUCAUUAUCUACCAAGAAGUUCUUCAUUCUCAGAAACUAAUUCCUCGAAAGAAUGUUAUCCAUGGAAAGUUGACUCUGUUGAGCAGAACAACGAUCAUUAUCUACCAAGAAGUUCUUCAUUCUCAGGCACUAAUUCCUCGAAAGGAAGCUACCAGAAGGAACAUCAACUACCAAGAAGUUCUUCAUCCUCAGACAACACUGAUUCCUCAAAAGGAAGCAACAACCAUCAUGACGUCGAAGAGGUUACAUCUCAUGAUAACAAUAACCCUACAGAAUUAGAAGAAAAAAAGCACUACAUAGGAGUUAGAAAGAGACCAUGGGGAAAAUAUGCAGCAGAAAUAAGAGACUCAACAAGAAAUGGAAUAAGAGUUUGGUUAGGGACAUUUAAUACUGGUGAAGAAGCUGCUUUAGCAUAUGACCAAGCUGCACUUUCAAUGAGAGGUUCAUUGGCACUUCUAAAUUUUCCAUUGGACAAAGUAAAAGAAUCACUAGAAAAUAUUAAGUAUAUUUGUGAAGAUGGAAUUUCACCAGCUGCUGUUUUAAAGGCAACAAAUAAAAUGAGAUGUGUUAAACAUAAGAGAAAUAGAAAGAAAAGAAAGAGGGAAAAUAAUGUUUUUGUAUUUGAAGAUUUGGGUACUGAAUUGUUAGAUGAACUUUUGAUGAGUUCAUCUUAGAAUAAUUCUUCUACUUGUUUGUAAAAAAAUGCUCUCCUUUUUUUGUGCAA